AUGGUAAAUGUCGAUUCUGAAUCGCAACACUCUUUUAAAACUGUUGCGCCAAGAAAAGAUGGAACAAAUUGGAAGGGAAGAGUUCAAAACCUAAAAGAGUUAUGCUUGGAUGUAUUGAUGAAGAAUCGUAGGCAAUAUUUAAGCAAAUACAAUAAUUUGAGCUUUGUUUUGUUAGAAUUACGUAAAGUUGGGAAAGCUCCUUAUUGGCUUAUGAAACCAAUAUAUGAUAAACUUGAACCGAGUGAAUUAGAGGAACUGGAGAAACAGAAUCCUGGCCUCAAGGAAGAUACAAUGGAAUUGUGGAAGAAGCAUUGCAUCGUGCAAUUUCCAGACGAAUAUAGUAAUUUACCAGAUCAAAACUGGCGUAAACUAUUUUUUGAACAAAGAAAUGAAGAAGCUCAAAGGUUGGGAAGAGCUUGCGAAAGACUACGAAAAUCUACUCAGGAAAAUAAGAAGAGAAGGAAAGUUAAAUUGAUUAGCCCCCUUAAUCUUCCUCCCAUGAAAAGAAAUCAUGGAGGAUGGGUUAAAUUAACACCGCUUCAGAGAGAACUCAAAAAAACGCUUAGAUCAGGGGCAUACGAACACCGUACUCAUUUUACUCAACUCGAGUCUGGCCCUACUAUGAUGACUGUUCCCGUAGAUUGGUUACAAGGUUCGAGAGUCACAAGCGAAUCCAGUUAUCGGGCGCCGGCUCAAGUUACAUUGCCGUCAAAAUAUCUUCCAGUUACCAUGAACGCCUGUAAUGAGCAGCGACGUGUUGAUACCAAACUUUCACUUGUCAAUAGCAGAGAAGUUGACCGAAAUCAUCAAUUGCGAACAGCUAAUCGCAGUACUGCAUCAAGUCCACAUUUGAUUCGACGUUCGUCUACAGCUACGUCUCCAUCCAAUAUACUGCCGACAUCUGUAUCCAUGGCAUAUGCUUCGUCAUCAUCUAAACGACCCCGUGAAAUAGAAUCAGCUACUCAACUAACAAAACGUUCUCGUGUCGAAUCUUCCACAAAUGUUUAUUCACGAAUACAAACGGUAUCAAAACAACCUGGAGUCGUUGCUCCUGAGAAAUUAAAGAACAGUAAACUGACCGCCACAUCGUCUCGUUCCAGCGUUCCUGUUUCAAAAAAAUUGUCAAUCUCUGGUGAUGAUUCUAAAUGUACUUCGACGGGUCCCUCUCGUCGAAUGGAGCAUACCACAACUUUAAAGCCUCGAAGUACAAUAAAAGUCGUGAAGUCACCAGUUACAAUUAGCUCUUCAUCUAUCAAAGCUAUCAAUACUACUGCAACCACAACCAACAGUGCUAGAAAAGUAUCAUCGAUAAAAAAAGAGGUCAGACACGAACCAUAUCAUACCAAGAAGCAACGUAUUGUUCGUAAUAAUUAA